AUGCUUGGUGUUGGCUUGAAUAUAGUGUUGUUUUGUGUUCUUUCGUGUGCUUUUGGAUCCGAUAAAUACUGCAAUACUUGUAUAAAGUCUGGCAAGUGGUUAUUUGUUGGAAAAACAGUACAACCAUGGAUUUCUAGCGGUGCUAUUAGUAUUAGUCGAAAUUUAAUGCCAACAAGAAGUCGAGCUGGAUAUACUAAGUCGAGAGUUCCGUUCUACAGUAACUGCUCGGCAACAUUUAAUAUUGAAUAUCUUCGUAUGUGUGGUGACAUCAGUCCUAAUCCUGGACCUAAAUCUACCAGAACAUGUACAGAAUGCGACCGAGUUGUUGCUAAAAAUCAUCGAGCGACAAAGUGUGAUGGCUGCUCUAUGUGGACUCACAUCAAAUGUGGAGAGAUGCCACCAAAACAGUAUCGGCAAAUGAAAUUAUCUGGUAAUAUUUCACACACUUGCCGGUCAUGCUUUGAAAUACUAAAGGAGUUUCCCUUUGCUAAUACAAGCCUAAAUUCUAGUAAUGGUUCUAGUGAUGACUCAGCCUCAGACAAGCAAGACAUUGCAUCAGUUUGGGCUGAUUACGACAAUAUUAUUGAAGGCAAUCCAAAAAACGUUAAAACCGGUCAUUUAAAUGCAAAUAGUAUUGGCGGUUUCAAAUUUUUCGAAAUAAAAACAUGGCUACUUUCAGGAAGAUUUGAUGUGCUUGUUAUUUCUGAAACCAAGAUUGAUGCAAGUUUUCCUGAUAGUCACUUUCGAGUUGAUGGCUACCGCUUUUGUCGCAGCGAUAGAAAGGCCGGUGGGGGAGGGCUUAUCAUUUACGUUAGGAGCGAUAUUUGCUUUGUUAGAGCAAACCAGCUCAAUGGUUUAAAGUUUGUGCAAGAUUUGCAUAGGGCGCCUUUUCAUAUAAUGGCUAUAUUCGAUGAUGUGGAUGAUAUGUUUUACGCAUUUGAACAAUUGUAUGUUGAAAUCCUAAAUGAGCAUGCCCCUUUGAAACAGACAUGCAGUCAUUAGGGGAAAUCAGGUACCAUAUAUGACUGAGGAAUGGCGUAAGGAAAUAAGGCAUAGAAAUAAAUUAUGGAAAAAAUUCAGAAGGGAUCGCACAAAUUGAAAUUAUGAUCAGUAUAAAAUUCAGCGUAACAAAUGUACCUCCUUAAGACGAAUGGCAAUAAAAGAAUAUUUUUUGAAAAAAUCGACAGAACCUGAAAACCCACGAGAGUUUUGGAAUGCAUAUCGUCCAUUUUUGCACAGUAAAUCAAAACAAGCUAAUGAUAUUGUUCUUAAAGACAAUGGUGUAGUGAUAAGUGAAAAAGGUGAAAUUGCCGAACUGUUCAAUGAAAAUUUUCUUAAAGUUGCCGAUGAUGUUGGACUUAUUAGCGAAAGAGAUUACGGUAAAGACUUCGAAGACCAUCCAAGCAUUAAAGCCAUUCAUCAGCAUAUUAGAUAAUCGGGCAUGCCUUUCUGUUUUGAAUUUCAUCACACAAAUGAAGGUGAGGUAAAAAACCUACUUUCUGCAAUAAAUGUUAGAAAAUCGCGUGGUUAUGACAUGUUAUCGCCGAAGCUAAUUAAAGAAUCAGCAGGUAUAAUUGCUACGCCAAUUGCCAACAUUUUGAAUGCCUCCAUUAACCAGAACUGUUAUCCGAGUGCUUGGAAAAAAGGGCAAUUAACGCCUUUAUUCAAAAAAGAUGACGAAUUUAGCAAAGCCAACUAUAGACCUGUGACAGUCUUACCCGUGUUAAAUAAUAUAUAUGAGAGGUUAUUAGCCGCUCAAAUGGAUGAAUUUUGUACAGCGAUUUUAUCUGAUUAUAUCAGCUCUUAUCGUAAAUGUUUUAGUUGUGAGACAGCUCUAUUACGGUUGACUGAGGAUUGGCGGAAAAUGCGCGAUAAUGGGGAAUUAGUUGCUGUAGUUGCUCAGACUCGUCCCCAGUCGCUUUAAGAGCGAGCGCGCGGCCAGAAGUGGGCGCGUAGAGGCUCACGGCAAGGGCGAAAGAAGAAAAUUUAGCGACUGGCAGAUUACUGUGAUUUUUCUUGCAAGAAAUUGGUUUUCUUGCAAACUAAUAUUUUAUGCUUCAAUUUUGGAUUUUUUGACAUUGGUAUACAUAAAUCGAUCAUUUUAUGAUGUAGUCUCUGCAAAGUGCGUAUUUUUAUCAAGUAUAUCGGCCUUCAAUUGGUCAAGUCUGCAGUACUUCAAAAUGGCGGACUUUGAUGAACUUAGAUGAUGAGUCUAAAAGAUAAUAUAAUACAUUCUACCACUUGAAUGUCUUGAAUUUGUUGACCCUUUGCGUAUACUAAAGAAAUUAAGAAACUGGAAUUCAUUAUACGCUCGGCUGAUUAGCGCCAUGUUGCCUUGUUUCAAGUUGUAAUUUUUGUCGUUCUGAACUAUAGACUUCAAUUCCAUAAAUUCAGAUGAAUGUCCUAAGACCAGCACUCCUAGAACUCCUAAAACGAGAAAGUUACUGCCAUUUGACGUCAAACACGACCUAACACCAGAUUCUAAGAGUCCGGGAUUACCAAGAACUAAAUGCAGGAAAGUUGUUCAAGGUUGGAACUUGUAUUUUUAAUAAGUCACUUGUUUGAAUGUGCAGGUGAUGUUAGCACAUUUGUUCCUGGAGAUCUUCAGGGCUCUUUAAAGAAUAUAUGCAUCAAAACAGAUGGGUUGAGGCCUUAAACAAGAGGAUGUUGUUACUGAUGAUCUUAGUGUAAAAAGCCACCUUUCAAGAGCUUUGGCAGCCAUAUUUCCUAACUGUGAAAAGGGUGUUGUGCGAACAUAAACAAAUAUAUAUAUUCUUUUUACAUGUGUAAAAGCUGAUGUGCAUAUGCAAUACAUGAUCAAUCCAAUUCAUUACAUUGUAUUACAAAUGACAUAAUAUUUUUAUAUUUGUCUGGUAUAUUGUGUUUUGGUUAAUCUUCCUCAGGAUGCUACGUCACAGAAUAAGGUACACAGAAGGUCGACUUCUUGGCGUAACCCGUAAUCAAAUGCUGAUGUCAUGGUCCUAGGCAGUGCACGUUUGAGAGGCAUUCACUCCCCUGAUAUUAUUCAAAAUGGUGAACGUCCAGGGGGGAAUCCCUAUUAAACGCGCACUGGCUAGGACCAUGGCAUCAGCAUUUUGAUGAAUCAUGGCGUGGCAACGGUUACUCAAGUCAACCUUCUGUGUGCCUUAUUCUGUGUCUACGUGCCCCUCACUCACCUUCCACCCCUGAAUUUUUCUGCACAACCACCCACCCCCCACCAUGCAGAUAACAUAUGAAAGUAUAAAGCUUUAUUAAGUUAAUAUAAUAGACAUGCUGCUCCACUACAUCAUGUACACUAACUGUAAUUAUAAUACAUUUUAAUUUUAAAUUAAUUUAAAAUUAUUCACUGUUAAUAAUUCCAUUGAAGAAGUCCAAUUAAAAUGGUUCAAAAUUAAUCCAGCUUUUGUGUCUUCAAUUUCCAUACAUCUUGCUUGGUACUGCAGUAUUUUUCCACCCAGAUCAAGAUUAACCCUUUAAGUGGCAAUGCACCCUGAUAUGCCCUACAUUAUUAUUUUACUCUGUCUAACACCAGACAAUUUACUCAUCAGGGGAGAGUGCUGUCACUCUAGGGCUUAAUUGGGAAACCAGGGUGAGUCGGGACAAAUUUCCAAUUGUGUGAUAAAUGGUGUUCCAAUUGUAAAAUAAUUCUGGAAUAAACAAGAAUAUAUUAUAUGUUGUAAAGUUGAGUACAGAAAUGAUGAUGGGAAAAACAAGAGAUACCAGAACCAUUGGUGGUGCAAUUAUCAGACUUAAUGGUAUAACAAUCAAAAGUCAGUGCCGUAGUAAGUUCGAUAAUGGGAGGGAGGGCUCAUAUUCAUAUAUUCAUAUUCACAGUCCAUAAAAACAAUCAAUUUCAAAAGAAAUUAAUAACGCAGAACACGAAAAUAUGAAUAUGAGCCUCCCCCAAUUAUCGAGCUUGCUAAGGCACUGAAAGUGGCCCUAAACGUUGGCCAUGAUACAAGGUAGAAAUUACCUUAUCAUUUCAAGGACUAUGAGUGCAAUUAUUGUCAGAACAUAGUUAGAAGUAAUUGCCAGAUUGCCCCCAGUGCAUUGAUACAGUAUUUCUGGUUUUCCAAAUUGUUUAAUUAAGGCUAUGAUAGGAGUUAUGUGCCACCUGAGCUUCUAUAUUAUCCCUACAACCCUGUGCCCCCCGGGCCCCCAACAAUGUGUUGUUAAUGGCCAAUGUAACGUCUUUUCAUCAUACAGUAACAUUUAGUUAGGGGGGGGGGGUAUAUUUUGUUAUUUACAGGUAUUUUGGGAAAUAUUUGAAUGCUCCAAAAGUCUUGUCAUUGAUUUAAUAGCCUUGUAUGCAAAGUUUUAAGUUGGCAAAUAAUCAUAUUACACAAAACGUGGAGUUAAUAGCACUUUAUAAAGUAAUUUAUAAAUAACAAAAAUUUGUAGUUUCGGCAACCAAAUUGUGAAAUACACAGGUUGCAAAAAAAAAACCCAGCAAAAAGCUGUUUUCUUUAUAAUCCAAAGAGUUUAAGAGUGCAUUUCAUCGUGAAAUAUAAAGAUAUAAACGCAUAAAUAAAAUUGAAUAAAAUACCUACCUGUUUUUAUAUUGCUCGCUGGCUCCAAAUAUUAAAGGCAUUCAACACUCAAGAUUUACGAAUACCUUCGAUUGGUUGUUAAUCGAUAGCUUUUCCAAACAUAACAGUGUUUCCUUUGAGUCAUUGAGUGCUUCUCUCAGUCAGCUGAAAGCCUGAAAUAACAGGUUACAGGACAUUUAUGGAUUGCUUGUAAUGGUGGUCUAAACCAUCUUGAUCAUAGCAAGAUAAAUUAUACUGACAUUCCUCAUGCGGACAAGGGAGUUUAUCAGCUAAAAACGCUCUGUGGUGUAUAUUAAAAUAGUCUUUCCUCUUUUGCUGUCAAAUUGUCCGUCAUUUUGUCUCUGUAAUCUGCCAGUCGUUAUUUUUUCCCUCGCCUUCCCUUUUCCCCUUGCGCGCGUCCACAUUUGGUACUGAUCUAUAUAUAUAUAUAUAUAUAUAUAUGGAUAUAUACCUAUUCGUCCCUAUAAAAUUGAAAUUCAAAUAACGACUGGGGACGAGUCUGGUAGUUGCUAUGGACCUCUCGAAAGCGUUUGAUGUGAUUCAACAUGACCUACUUCUGGCCAAGCUCAAGGCCUAUGGUGUAGAAGAGAGGAGUUGUGCGCUGCUCAGGGACUAUUUAUCUGGAAGACAACAAAGGGUUAAGAUUGGCGACACUGUCUCUGCUUGGGCAGAUGUCAGACGUGGAGUCCUUCAGGGAAGUGUUUUGGGGCCUACAUUUUUUAAUAUAUUUAUUAAUGACUUGUUUUACCAUGUCACACAAGCCAAACUAAAUGCUUAUGCAGAUGAUCAUCAAAUAUACCAUUCUGAUAUUGAUCCUGUAGCUUUAGAAAAAUGUGUAUGUGAUGAAGUCGAAGUUGCAAAUCAGUGGUAUCAUAAUAAUGGAAUGAUUGUAAAUGAGACCAAGCAUCAAGCACUAAUUCUUGGCAAAAUUGAUUAUUGCUUCUCUUUCCCAGCCGUAAAAGAAUCAAUAGAUAUGUUUGGUAUGGACAUUGAUAAUAAACUAAAUUUCAAUAAUCAUAUCACAACCGUUUGUAAAAAGAUCAACAAACAGUUCAAUGUCAUGCUAAGAUUUCGGAAUUUGAGUUCAAAAGAUACUCUUUUAAAGCUGUAUAAAGCAUUUAUUCUGCCGAACUUUGACUAUUGUUCAUCGGUAUAUAUGGCACUUUUGCGGUGCACGUAAUACAGACAAAAUAGACGCUCUGAAUAAGCGCAUUCUUAGAUUUAUAUUGCGAGACAAUACUUCUUCGUACAGUAUCUUGCUUAGUAAAGUUGGUUUAAAAUAUUUAUAUACUAAACGCUUACAGAAAUUUUUGAUCAUAUUAUACAAAAGUUUGUAUAUUCCUAAUUAUCCAGGAUAUAUUAGAAAUAUGUUCAAACUACGGGAUACACUAUAUGGUUUACGUGGUAACUACAUCUUAUCGCUACCUCAUUCGAAGACAACGACCUAUGGUUUACAUUCCUUUUCCUAUUUGGCAGCGAAAUUAUGGAAUUCUCUUCCAGACUGUUAUAGAAUGACCAACUUUCUUGACUUUAAACGACGUAUUCUACGUUAUGAACCUUCACAUUAAAUUCUUUUUUAUAUAUACUUUCUAUUUAGUAUUAGUAUUAGUAUUUAUUUAUAUAUUAAUUCAUUAUACUUAGUUACUCGGAGAAAUUAGCUAUGUAAGCUACUCACAAAUUCGAAUAUAAAUAAAGUUUAUGUAUGUAUGUAUGUAUGUAUGUCUACAGUAAUUUUCAUUGAACAAAAUGCCCAAAAGUCUCGACCUUCUCUUUAAAAUAUUUCUAACAUUUUAAGAACCGUUUAGAAUAAGGAAUUACGUCAUUCUUUAACUUUUCUACGUUAAUUUUGGAUACGACCGUAUGAUAUUUAACAGGAUGCAUAAAUUUAAUAGUAUAAUUAUAAUUUUCCCAAACUAAUUUUCCAUCAUCAAACCUACGCCAGCCAUACUUGUCCGGUAGAUACAGCCCCAAAUGAAAUUCCCAUGAACUUUGUAAGUCUAUGAAACUUAUAAUGGUCGGCACUGAAACUUCCAAAAAUACUUGAUUUUUAUGAAACACAGUAGAGAUCCGCUGCCACUGAUCACUGAACUUCUUGGGUACAUAAAAUAGAUCUGACCACGUAUUAAAACAACGCUUUACUCCUUCGCCAUUUGCAAGAUGAGUUUCUAUCAAUUUCGUGACAUUUAUAUAUUUACUUGAGCGAUAUUGUUUAAUGAUUUCUGAGUAAGAGUCUUCACAAGCCUUUGCAGAAUUACUCUUCAUGCUCCACCAAACCCAUCCGGUUAUUAUUGGUCGUUUCCACAUGGUAUGAACUCCAUGUACCACAAAUUUCGCACCCAACCAAAAUUUCUCCUUAUCAAGCUUGUGGAAUGUCCACCAGUUCACAAUCAUGUCGUCAUUUAUGUACAAGUAACCACGGUAAUCAGGAUACCUAUGGAUACAACAACGAAUUAGCAGACACCACUAUACAGGGCGUAUAAAAAAACCUGAACAGAUAUGAAAUUGCUCUCAAUUUCGCAAAACAGCUAUUAAUAUCCAGUUUUUUAUGUAUAUACCUUCUUUGGUUACUUAUAAUGUAGAAUAAUGAAAAAAAAAUUCUGGAACUCAAAUUUUGUGAACCAGGGGAGGUGUCUUUUCCAACAAACUGUAAAUGGCUUCCGCACGAAGUUUAAAAGCCUUAUUCAUAUUUUGAGUCAAUAGCUUGAAAAUAUGUUGGGUUUUCAAUUACUGUACAAAAUUUCAGACAAUUUGGCUUAGUUUAAGCCCCUUUCUAUUCACGCAAACUUACAUUUUUUUCUUAAAAAUCAGCUAUUUGCAUGCUUCAGUGAUUUGGUUUCGUGCACUUCACUUGGUGGAAUUAAUAUUAGAAUGUUAGGGUUUGUAGUCCAAACGAGUAUAUUUUAAGACCUGACUUAAUGCCUUGUGGAAAGGCCUCUGAUUGGACAGUGCUUUAUUUGAAAAUAUGUGACAAAUUAAGGUAUUUCAUUGGUUAAUUGAUAAAAGCAUGCGUUUAAAAUAACAACACAAAAAUUUUCAAUUCAGAGAUUUCCUCAAGAAUCAAGAUUUCUUUCGGGGCAUACAAAUUUUUGAAAGACUUGAAAUAUAAUCUGAAAAACGAUACACCAGAAAUAUAUUGCAAAUAUUUCUCGAUGAAAAGAUUUGUUUUGAAUGCGAAUAAUGCUGAACGGUGAUACAAGGCAAGUCCGGCAAGUCCGGUGUACAAGCUCAGUUCUUGGCGUACAUAUGGCGUAUAUAGUUGUUUACAAAGACAAAGUAUUAAGAGAGGAUGUCCACAAAAAUCAAACAUAAAGCGGCCACGACUGAAAAAUCGAUUUUGCUCAAAUUUUGCCCAGAUAUACCUUAUUAUAUCGGAAAAUGCACCAUAUAUUUUUUUAGCUCAAAUGCUUUUUUAACUUUGAGAAAAUGCCGUUUUAACAUGACCACCCUAAAUCGCCAUUUUUUGGGGGGAAAUAUGCGCUGAUUUUACAGAUAAAUUUCACGACGACAACCGUUUCUAAUCGAUCUAAAACCCUAAAAAUCUUGUUUUUGGUUAUUCAAAGGACUGUGCACAUGACUUACAGGAAAUCUGAGUUACUUUUAGGAAUAGAAAUAAUCGUAGUUUUGGAGCACACUAUCUUACUUCAUUUGCGAUACCCUCUUAACAAAAUCGAUUUUCACCAUGCGAUAAAGCUCCAAAUCGAUCAUGCUUCUACUAGUUGGCUCUUGAAUAAAAAAGCUUUCAAUUGACGUAAAUACUUCUUGUAAAUACUUGGCAAAUGAAUACGCGAUAAACGACAGCGCGUUGAAAUCUUUCGUUUUUGACGUCUUGCAAGUCAAACGCUGUUAAUUUAUACACCGUCGAAGUAAACAAUUUAAUCAAGUAUUCUAAGUAUUUUACCUUUUGAGAAAAAACAUAUUCUUGAAUGGGGACUUUUCACUUUGCUAAGUUUAAAAGUGGUCCAGAAAUCCCAGUAUAUUUGUAAAAAAAUCAUCAAACAUCCAGUAUUUUGAGACAUUGUUGACGGAUGCAUGAUAACUUCAGAUCAUUAUUCAACGUGAUCUACGACCCGCCGACCCGGCCGUUUGACUUUUAAUAGCGCUAACAUAUACAAAUCGAUGAGCUAUUUAAGGAUUAUAUUUGCUACUAAAUUCCCCAAAAGAAUUGGAACUACAACUGCUGUUUUCAGAGGUUUUGAUCCAUUUUGUCCAUAUUAAUGUACCAUUUUAUUUAUCGACUGAUGUUUACAAAUACGUAAGUUAAUUAUUAAGCAGCUGUUAGCGUGCGUGUACAUGUGAAAUGAAUGUUUAUAAUGUUUAUCCAAAUAAGGAGUUUUUAUUUUUAGUUUACCAGCCCUUAUAUUUGAAUAGUCGUUUUCUUUCAAGUUCUUUUCUUUUUAUACUCUGCAAAGUUGAUUCCGAAAUGUUAAGGUAUUCGAAAAAACUAUCGAACUUUUCCAUGAUAUUUACAGAGAAACGUCACAGCUGUAAACCCCCCUCCCCCACCCCCAAAACGAACAUAUGACGUUUCUUGUGGAAAAAUCGAUAUGUGAGGCUUCCCUAAAACUGCAAGGUUUACACUAUUGAAUUAAAAUCCCACAGACCACAACGAUUAUACGUAUUGAUUGUUUCUUGACGAUAGUAGACGCGUACGUGCAUGUUACGGAAGAGGUUAUUUCGCUGGCCUCAGAGUGACAAAAGGUACUCUGGUUCUAGAGGUUUAAAAUAAUAAACCUCUGUUUGAAAGCGGCAAUUAUUUCAUCGAGCCGCGCCAAUCAGCUUGAAUUAGGGUAGAUAGUUAUGAUAAGACAAGGGCGGCGCCAGGGCGGCCCAUGCAGGGAGGCGGCAAAGGGAACAAUUUUCUCCGCGACCCCAGCUCAAGGAAGACAGGCAAAUACAAAUUUGCAAGGCGAUAAAAAGUUUGUCGACGGAGGGGGGUAAUUGUGGUUCACCGGGGCCCCAAGGGUAUAAUUGGCCCUGGGGCCCCAUAUUUCACUGAGCUGGUUUGGGCUGCGCCAGUAUUUCUCCGACGGGGGGAGUCAUCAGGCUCUUUUUGAUCUUUGUCAAUUGGCAUUAAAACCGCAAGAACUACCGACAAGUGACCAGGGCCGGAUUAACGUCGCGCGAGGCCCGUGGCAAAUUUUAGCGCGAGGCCCCCAAACCUCCCCCUUUCUUCUUUUUAUGAAAACCAGUGAAUUUAAAGACACACAAAAGUGUUAAAUAAUUUUUUUCAAUAUUUCAAUUUAUUUGCAUCAAUUAUAAACGAGAUAAUGGCCUGCCUGGCGCAGUUGGUGGGUAUAAACAGGAUCAUAAUAUAACAGCUCAGCGCAACUAAAGAUUAUAUGAACACGAGUAUUGCAUAUUUUCCCGGGACCGUGCUAGGGCGAACUGCCAAGCCUAGGGGCCCUAAAUGCGCGAAGUCCCUAAAUUCGCGAGGCACCUAAAAUGGGUGUAUCCCAAUAGAAAAUGGCCGUGUUCUCGUAAAAAUGGGCGUAGCACAGUAUUAAAGCGCGAGGCCCAUGGCAUUUGCCGUAUUUGGCACGUGGUUAAUCCGGCGUUAAACGAGCAACAAGCUUUCAUUUUCUUUAAACGCGACGUAUGGGGAGACAAUAAUAAUUUGUGAUGUCGCACUGGGCCAAAAUACUUAAUGCUGUAUUUUUGGGUACUAGUACUUGUGAAAUAUAAUAAGAUCAAUAGACAUUAGUGUAUCAAAAUAAAGUAAUUUUACUGAUUAUUUUAACUGUGCAUCAAAGUAAACACACAUUAUUCUAAACUACAGUAUUUGCUAUAUGCCUAUAAUUUGAGUUUGAGGUGGUAGAAUGAUCUGGAAUAUAUAAUAAAAUAACAAAUCCUUGUAUGGAUAAAUGUUCAUUUCACACGCACGCUAUUAACAGCUGCUUAAUAAUUAACUUAUGUAUUCGUAAACAUUUAUACUCGAUAGUCGAUAUGUAAAUACUAAAUGGUACAUUAUAUGGAUCAAUGCAAACUGGAACAAAACAACAAUUGUCAAUUGAAGUUCUAAUUUUGGGAAAAUUAGUAACAAAUAUAAAAUCACUAAACAGCUUAUCGAUUUGUAUGUUUGCGCUAUUAAAAGUAGACAAUAUUGAACAAUGAUCUGAAGUUGUCACGCAACUGACAACAAUAUUAUAUUUCAAAAUACCUGUAUAUGAUGAUAUUUUACAAAUAUCUCGGGAUUUUUGGACCAAUUUUAAACUAAGCAAGGCAAAAAGUCUCCAUUCAAGAAUAUAUCUUCUUCUCAAAAGGUAAAAUACUUAAAAUACUUGAUUAAAUUGUUUACUUCGACGGUAUGUAAAUUAACAGCGUUUGACUUGCAAGACGUCAAAAACGGAAGAUUUCAACGCGCUGUCGUUUAUCGCGUAUUCAUUUGCCAAAAGAAGUAUUUACGUCAAUUGAAAGCUUGCUUAUUAAAGAGCCAACUAGUAGAAACAUGAUCGAUUUGGAGCUUUAUCGCAUGGUGAAAAUCGAUUUUGUUAAGAGGGUAUCGUAAAUGAAGUAAGAUAGUGUGCUCCAAAACUACGCUUAUUUCUAUUCCUAAAAGUAACUCAGAUUUCCUGUAAGUCAUGUACACAGUCCUUUGAAUAACCGAAAACAAGAUUUUUAGGGUUUUAGAUCGAUUAGAAACGGUUGUCGUCGUGAAAUUUAUCUGUAAAAUCAGCGCAUAUUUCCCCAGAAAAAAUGGCGAUUUAGGGUGGUCGUGUUAAAACGGCAUUUUCUCAAAGUUAAAAAAGCAUUUGACCUAAAAAAAUAUAUGGUGCAUUUUCCGAUAUAAUAAGGUAUAUCUGGGCAAAAUUUGAGCAAAAUCGAUUUUUCAGUCGUGGCCGCGAAAUGUCUCAUAUGUUCGAUUUUUACUGACAUUCACUCUUAAAUAUAAACACAACUGGUUAAUAUUGAAAAGGUGCAUUUUAAAGUAAUUAAAAGUUAACUGGCCAAGUAAGACGAAGUUAAACACAUUAAAGAAAAUGCUUUGUCGCGGUCGGUCGGGACAUAAACAUGCAGAUUGUCAAUUUAAUUGUCAAUUAUAAAUUGUCAAUUUCCGUCCGAUAGUUUGUUGUAUUUUAUAUAUUUGUCAGCAAUGUUCGCUGAGUGUCCAAACGCUAGAAUUUUAUCUUGAUUUCGUUAACGCAACAGAUUAUAUUUCAAGUCUUUCAAACCUUUUUAUGCCCCCAACGUGUGCCCAAAGGAAAUCUUGAUUCUUGAGGAAAUCUCCAGAGGGAAAUCUCUGAAUUAAAAAUUUCUGUGUUGUUAUUUUAAACCCAUGCUAAUUAUCAAUUUAUCAAUGAAAUAUCUUCAAGUGUCAUAUAUUAUUCAAAUAAAGCACCGUCAAAUCAGAGGCCUUUCCACAAAUCUGUGGAACUCACAGGUUCUAAAAUUUUCGAUAACCACUGAGUAUUCUAAUAAAAUACAAAAAAAUGGAAACUCCGAAGAAAUAACAUUUAAUAUUUCUUCGGAGUUUCCAUUGUUUUGUAUUUCACAGGUUCUCUCGCGCGCUUUGUCGAGACUAACGUCUGUUAUUUAUUUAUUUAUCUAUUUAUUUAUUUAUAAAAGUUAUUUGGAAACGAUAGCCCUCCAGCUAUUGCUGCUUUUCAAGGGAUCGUUUUAUAUAAACCUAUAAAAUAUUAAUAUAUAUUUACACAAAUAAGUCGUGUUAAAUAAAACAAUAUUGAUAAAUCAUGUUGCAAUACUUGUGAGCAUUAUCAACAGUCUUUUAAUCUAUAGAAAAACAGUUGUCGAUUAAAAUUUUAAAAUCAGUGAAUUGUUGAAAGUUGCUCAUACCCGUUCACGAUGCCAAUGGGUAAGUUGUUCCAGGCACAAGCUUCUCGGUAUGAAAAGGAUCUUUUCAUAAAAUUAGUUUUAUUCUGGAAAUGAAUUAAAGUGGCACUAUCAUUAAAUCUUUUUUCUUUAUAAUCCAGAAAUGUAACGUAUUCUUGAUAUUCUAAUCAAAAUUCAAGGCAAAAUUAUUUCAUCUUCAUGACUUACGAUUCUUAUUUGCCAAUUUUACGACCGCCAUUAAACGCACGCAAUUAAGCGAGAAGGUGCUUUGAAGAGGAUGUGACGUCAUUCACUCAACACGCCGAAUGUUUUUAUUGUAUUUCACUACUAUUUCAACAAUGAUUUUUUCUGACAAAGAAGUUUCAGAAACUUCAGAAAGUGAACAUUCGCAUGGGGGCAAAGUGAGCUGUGAUGAAGAAACGUAUACGGUAACUCAUAUUCAAGCGAAAAUAGUGAUGAAAAGAAGAAACCGAAUCUAGAAUUGUUGUUUGUUGAAAACAUGACUGUUGGCCGGCUUUCGCUCACUAUUAAUAGUGUAACAACAACAGUGUUGAUUGGCUUCCUUGUUUUUACAAACUUACUUUUGAAGUUGAAAGUAAGCCUUGUAAGUUAUAGCUAUAAAUAAUAUUUCAACGCAUGCGUGUAUAUUGGCCUAUUUCUGUAUGUUUAACCACAGCGCCCCAAUCUCUGAAUGGUCUAUAUGUUUUGAAUAUUUGUACAGAAUAUUUAACCGUUAUAGUAUUUAAUAACGAAAUAAUUCAAAAAAUAUUAACAAUAUAUGUACGUAAAAAUAUAUCUAACUUGUUAAUAGAAUGCAUUUGUUGUCUUUCUGAGUCUAAUUGAUGCGAUUGCUUUACGUUUUCGUCGUACUUGAACGGUCGUCAAUACUGACACAGAACGACAUAGGGUAAAAGAAGUAGAAGGCUAACGACUUAUCUGAUAUACUCUCUGACAUCGAGUCCAAUAUCUCUCCUCAGAAUCGUUGCAGAGCAAUAAAUGUCACAUCACUUAAUAGUUGACUCGUCCCCAGUCGUCUCUGUGUUACUCAGUUUAAAGCGCGGGAGGAAGCAGCAAAGAUGGCGGGUGGAAGCAGGAAAUAUGCAGGCGGAUUCCCCCUUUCCUGCGCGUGUGCUCACCGCCUACAUGCCCUUGCUACUUUUCCUGCUUCCGUACGCGAUUGAAACACAGAGACGACUGGGGUUGGCUCUUCUUCGAGAGCGUGUCCUUGGUAAAACUGCGAGUGAAUAGAACCUAAGUGAAUUAGCAACAGGGAAAUUACAGUAAGUGAUAUACACAAUAAUAUAGAUGUAAAGACGAGCUUAUGAUGAAGUGACUGUGAAUUGUGAUUUUAUUAAACUUUAUUAUUCAAUCUUGGACUUUUGUGAAUUGUUGGGUGAAACAACGGAGGCAAUCCCCAACAAAACAAAGUUCGUUGUGUGUCACGGGAAUUGCCCAAAUGGUGAACAAACCAUGUUCUUUCGAGAGGGGAACGUUCAUACUAUUAGGCGAAAAGCGAAAUAGGCCAAUAGACACGCAAGCGUUGAAAUAUUAUUUAUAGCUAUAACUUACAAGGCCUACUUUCAACUUCAAAAGUAAGUUUGUAAAAACAAGGAAGCCAAUCAACUGUUGUUACACUAUUAAUAGUGACCGAAAGGCAGGCCAAAGGUCAUGUUUUCAACAACAAACAAAGAUAGCCAUUUAUUGUCAACAAACAACAAUUCUAGGUUUGAUUUCUUCUUUUCAUCACUAUUUUCGCUUGAAUUUGAGUUACCGUAUACGUUUCUUCAUCAGAGCUCGCUUUCCUCCCAUGCAAAUGUUCACUUUCUGAAGUUUCUGAAUCUCCUUUGUCAGAAAACAUCAUUGUUGAAAUAGCAGUGAAAUACAAUAAAAAUAGGUACGCUAAGCGUACAUGUAUCUGCUCAUGGUGAUUUCACUUUUGCCAAGGCUUCAAUCAACACUCAAUAGCUUGUAAAAAAAUUUAAGGGACUGAUGUUUAACAGUUGACCAGUUAAAUAAAGUUAGAUUUAUAGUAGGUCAGAUGAAAGAAAAAUAAAAUGGCUGAUAUAUAUUCAACUUGCAGAAACUAAUUCCGGCCAUAACGUCACAAAGAUGAUAUUCAAUUUUAUGAUGUUCUUGUUGAAUCAUCUUAAUUUUAUAAUGUUCUUGCAGGGAUGGAUCCAGCAUGAUCUGAUAAAGGGGGGGGGUACUCUGCCCGCUCUGGUGCCGAGUUGUGUCGGUCAUGUGUGCCACCCACCCAUCAACUUGCUUCACUAUUGCAAAGUCUUGCUUGACUACAGUAUUUGAAUUGUAAUUGUUGUUCACAGUUUGCCUAUCAUCAUAUUAUUACUCAAAUUUCUGUAUCUCAUUUUGUUUCUAAUAAUUUUUGCUUAUUAUGAAAAAUAGGACACCCCUCCCGCACCCCCUCUGGCCAAGGCUAAGGGGGGGGGGGGUGCACACCCCACAUCCCCCCAGUAAAUCCAUCUCUGUGUUCUUGUUAAAACAUUUCGUGUUCCAAAUCUUCUUGAUAACUCAUAAUAAACUUUAGCAGGCAUGCGAGAACGUUGUAGAUGCUUAGAAGUUGUCAGGUUAACAGGUGGUGCCAAUAUACAUUUGCAGAGUUUCGAAAGCCUUUUUAUACCAUAAUUGAUACAUAAAAUCAAUAUUUCUGCUGUUUAUAAUUGAUUUAUUUCAUUUUAGAAAAUGUCAUAGUCAGGGUUCAUGGCACACAAAUCAACUGUUUAUGCCUAGUAAAUAUUAUCAAAUAGGUCAUAUAUUGAAAGUCAUUCAUCAGCAACAAAUGAUGACAAGUAUGGAAAUUAGAAGUAUAAUCGAUGCAUAUAGUUCUUGAAUAGAAUGAUAUAAUUCAGCAUACCAGAUCCAUGCAAUAAUAUUUUGUCGUGGAAGAAAAUCCACUAAACAGAAUAUUAUGUUAGUUUUGUACAUUGUGUGCUAUAUUAAAUAAGAUCCCAUUAUGACAUAUGGUUGUUGUUGAUUAUAAGACAAUAUAGUAUGGGAUAGGUGAAGGGGGAUAUAAAUUGCUUAACUGGUGUUCUUGGCAAUGACAUUCAGUUGCAGAAAUCAGGGUGGAUGAAGAAAGGAGCACCCCAUCCAGGAUAUAUAGUUAAUAAUUAUGACUGGUUGCAACUGUUACUAUAAGUAUUGAUAUUCCAAUCUAAAACUGAAUCUCUGCUCUUUAUGCAGCCACUAUUACUUUGCCUUUGCUUUAAUGAAAGCAAUUAUUCAAUGCACACACUGCUAUAAAGUGCUUUAAGAGAAAUGUUUCCAAUAUGUGUGACUUAACUUCUGACUCUGCUAAAUUUGUAUGAAAAUGAUCUAUCAAAGUCUGUAAUGAAAGCAGACACCAAUUGUCUAUAGUUAUAAUCAUUGAUAAAGAAAUUAUGUAACCUUACGAAAUUAUAUAGCCUUCUAUUGGUUUCAUUCAACUAAUUUAUAUUAACUAAGUCACCAAUGAAAAUGUUAAAUUGAAAAGUACAUAAACAUCAACAUCAACACUUACAACUCGAUAUACACCAACAACGGCAACAUGUGGAAGAAUCAUUACUUUCAUAAUUUCAUAAUAGUAUUCUCAAUGCCAUUAGUCAAUAAUUUUCUUGUCCAAAAUUGCAAAUCAUUUCGUUUCCACUGCGUAUUAAAUGAUGAAACCUUUCAAAUGCUUGCCAAAAAUGCACUAUAUCGACAAUUGCCAUAUUCAGACUAGUAAAAUGACGUUGUUUUAAACUGCAUUUUAUGUAUAAUUUUAAUCGUAAAUUCACAAAUCGCCUUUUGUUUCACCCUUUAGUAAGCCGCCAUUUUGAAAUUAGUAUCAUUACGUCAUUUCAUCUAUAAGCUGUCGUUGAUUGGCUAUGAGCACGCUUACAAAUUUCCGGUACGCGCACGAUGGCAAUAUAUCUGCUUCGCAGAUACAAAAACAUUCGGCGUGUUGAGUGAAUGACGUCACAUCCUCUUCAAAACGCCUUCUCGCUUAAUUGCGUGCGUUUAAUGGUGGCUGUAAAAUUGGCAAAUAAGAAUCGUAAAAAGGUCAGGAAGAUGAAAGAAUUUUGCCUUGAAUUUUGAUUAGAAUAUCAAGAAUACGUUACAUUUCUGGAUUAUAAAAAAAAUAAUGAUAGUGCCACUUUAAUAGAAAAAGUAAUAUUUUCCAUUUUCGGUCCUCGAUUGUCGACCCUCGACCUCGACUUUCGACACUCGACCUCGACUUUUGACCCUCGAAACCAAACUUGAGUAUUUGUUUCUAAUUCGGUUUUCUUUUCAGGAAAACAAUUUACAGUAACAUAGAAGCUAAGUAUAAUUCUUUAACGGUCUCAAAAUCUUCAAUUAAUUUUUUUCCUCUAACCACUCAAUUUGAUGGAGGCCAGGCUGCUAUACGACCUAUAUUUCCGACAUAAUUAUUUAUACUAUUCUAAUAGUUAUAACUACAUUGAUAUG